CUUUUCUUGGAAAUACCGAUUUUCGGAUGACUUAUAAAUAUCUGAUCGUGCAUGUCAUGGGCUAAAUAAUAGAGCUUUUUCAUUCAACAAAACUUAUGUCAGGAACAGCUGAGAACAAUUCCAGUAAAUAUGUCAACGCCUUACCCCACUCCAGUGGAUUGACCUUUGCCGCUUCUUCAAAAACGGAGCCUUGGUUUACUAAUUUGAAUGACCUAAUGUCCGAAAAGGUUGGUGGGAAAGUGAUAUUUGCAACUGAUGACAGAUAUGGUGUGGCAGAAAACAUUUUACAGGCAUCAGAACCCGAGUGGAAGGAGGGUGUGUUCACUGAGCAUGGCAAAUGGGUGGAUGGCUGGUCAACGGCAAGGAAUGAGGAUCCUGACGGAAGACACUGGUGUGUUGUAGAAUUGGGAGUCCCUGGUUUAAUUCGAGGCAUUGAUGUUGACACACUUUAUUUCUCUGGCAACUUUGCAGAGAAAGUCUCCAUCCAAGCUGCUCGUUUGAACAAGUCAUUUCCUGCCAGGGGAGGUCACGUUGGAGGUUCUAAAUCCGAUGAAGAUGAUUGGAGUAUUGCAGCUUUCGAAUCAGAGAACUGGGCAUCAUUGGUACCUCGCAGUGACCUCAAGCCUGGCUAUCCCACCUCAUCUCACAACUACUUUGAGGUGGAUUGGGAGGAGAUGUGGACCCAUAUUCGGCUCAACCUAUUCCCCGAUGGCGGGAUUGCAAGGCUUCGGGUUUAUGGUCAAGCUAAGAAAGACUGGACCAAAGCACAGAAUGAUGAGCUUGUCAAUCUGGUGGCGAUGGAAAAUGGUGGAAUCUGUGUCAGUUACAGUAGUGCCUGCAGCGGUCAUGCAAGAAAUGUUAUCGCUCCUGGUGAUGCCACAGCCAUGGAGGAGGGAUGGGUAACAAGCAGUACAGGGCUUCCUAGUGGCGACUCCUGUGGGCCAGUGAGUGAGUGGGCGGUAUUCAAGCUAGGACAUCCUGGUGUCAUCGACAAGGUUGAGGUUGACACAAGCUAUUUCAAGGGGAACUUUCCGGAUUCCUACAAGAUUGAUGGCUGCCUGAUCACAAAUAGAAAAGAUGAGAAAACUCUGUUACACGAUCCUAGUCAAAUGUCGUGGAGGGCUGUCCUACCCGUCAAGAAACUUUCUGCGGACAAUCUGCAUGUCUAUUUAAAUCUCCCACAACAGGAGGUGAUAUCUCAUGUUCGUCUGGCCGUCGUUCCAAAUGGAGGCAUCAGUCGGCUUAGGCUUUGGGGAUACCCACAAACAUCUGCUGAGCUUAAAGCCAAGUUGUGAUUUACUGACUUUAGCAAGAAAGAAAUACAUGUAUGGAUUGAAAUUUGUUGGAAUCUGUUCAAAACCAAUGCAAUGCUAGUGUACUUAUAUCUUAUAUGUCCUCGUUAUUUGCCAAUGGUCUUUAAAGAUGUAAUCAGUGCAAAGUCUUCCCAAAUAUUCUGUUAGAAUUUAUGUGUUUCCCUGUUGUCUUACAUACAGUGUGUAAAGCCACGGCCUGAAAAACCGUCCUCAACAAUUUGGGCAGCUGCGGCCAACCUUAUGCAACUAUAUGAUGUUGCCACUUAUAAAAGUGACUUACCUGCUUCCAAUCAAGUCAAAAGGUGCUAAGAAUCUUUAGCUAUUUGAUUAAAAUGUUUAUAUUUCUGUAGUGGAAGGUUCUCAAGGUCAAAUUAUAUUUCUCAGUUUAGAUGUGGUUCUUGUAAAGAGGCCGUGCAGAUGACAACAUCAGAACAAAAAAUCACCAUUUUGGACGUCAAAUUUAUGCUUUUCACCCUCGCUUUGUACUUUGUCAACAGAACAGUGCAGCAAUGGCAGUGGUAUGGCUAUGUCAACCAUGUGGUUAUCAUUCACAUAUGAUGCACUUUGUUGACGACAUCAACAGGUUUAAGAGUGCAGAUUGACGUCCAGAAUGGCCCUCCCAAUGAUGUCACUUCACGGCCUCCAGGUAGGUUUUUAGUGUGAAGCAUAAUAUCAGUUGGAUAGUUGUUGCAUUUUAAAAAUAUAAGCAUUAAGCUUUCUCCAGCCUAUAAUUUUUUAUUCAUAAUAUUUACAUGCUUGGCACCUAUGAAGGCUUCUGGUUGUAGGUAUUUAUUAUAGUUCCUGGUGUCAGUGGAUGUACAUGUUUAGCUGGUACAGGUUCUUUUAAUAUGCUAGUUGGUUCUGGAUUAUUUGUUUGUUAAAUCAGAUGAUUUCUUUGUUUUCAUUUGGUUUAUUGUUCUUAGCAAUUAAGGUGAUGAAUGCUUCACCGUUCUACGUUAUGCAAUCUCAUGUACUGAUCUUUUUCUAAUAAAAGCUGAA